UGCUACGCCUCGCGGAAGUGAGGGACGCACCCCUCUACGGCCCUGAGGACUCCGGAGUCUCCAUGGGCCCGACCCCGAAGGCCAAUGUUUGCCGCAGGCUGAGUCGCCGGGCUCUAGGCUUCUACGCACGCGACGCGGGCGUGGUGCAGAGGACGAACCUGGGCAUCCUGCGGGCGCUGGUGUGCCAGGAGAGUACUAAAUUUAAGAAUGUUUGGACAACUCAUUCCAAGUCACCUAUAGCCUAUGAGAGAGGAAGAAUAUAUUUUGACAAUUACCGGUGCUGUGUGAGCAGUGUUGCUUCAGAGCCAAGAAAACUUUAUGAAAUGCCAAAAUGUUCCAAAUCAGAAAAAAUUGAGGAUGCUUUAUUAUGGGAAUGUCCAGUGGGAGAAAUACUUCCCGACCCGUCAGAUUAUAAGUCCUCACUCAUAGCACUGACCGCGCAUAAUUGGCUGCUUCGUAUAUCAGCAACUACAGGGGAAAUCCUGGAGAAAAUAUAUCUUGCUUCCUAUUGCAAGUUCAGGUACUUGAGCUGGGACACUCCUCAAGAGGUCAUUGCUGUCAAGUCAGCUCAGAACAAAGGCUCAGCAGUGGCCCAGCAGGCAGGCACUCAGCAGCCUGUUUUGUUGUACCUUGCAGUAUUCCGGGUUCUGCCCUUUUCACUUGUAGGGAUUCUAGAGAUCAACAAAAAGGUUUUCGCGAAUGUCACGGAUGCUACCUUGUCACAUGGAAUACUGAUUGUGAUGUACAGCUCGGGACUGGUCAGACUGUAUAGCUUCCAAGCCAUCAUCGAACAGUUCAUGCAACAGAAACUUGACUUAGGGUGUGCAUGCAGUCAGGGCGGGACUACUGGGACUGUAGGAGAGGCUCCUUUUGGCAUUCCUUGUAAUGUUAAGAUCACAGGCUCACCAUCUCCACUCUUUGAAGUCUCAUCCCUGGAGAAUGCAUUUCAGAUCGGAGGCCACCCUUGGCACUAUAUCAUCACCCCAAAUAAGAAGAAGCAGAAAGGGGUCUUCCACAUUUGUGCCCUGAAAGAUAACUCCUUGGCAAAAAAUGGGAUCCAAGAAAUGGAGUGUUGUUCACUAGAAUCUGACUGGAUCUAUUUCCACCCUGAUGCUUCUGGAAGAAUUAUACAUGUUGGCCCAAAUCAAGUCAAAGUCUUGAAGCUCAGUGAGGUAGAAAAUAAUAGUUCGCAGCAUCAGAUCUCUGAAGAUUUUGUCAUCUGGGCCAAUAGAGAAGACCGAAAUGAAAACUUAAUCACUGUUACAGCUUCUGGACGCGUGGUGAAAAGAAAUGUCAACUUUCUGGAUGAUGACCCAGAACAAGAGACUUUCAAAAUUGUGGACUAUGAGGAUGAGUUGGACUUGCUAUCUGUAGUAGCUGUCACUCAAAUAGAUGCUGAAGGAAAGGCUCACCUGGAUUUCCACUGUAAUGAGUAUGGGACCCUACUCAAGAGCAUCCCACUAGUGGAGUCAUGGGACGUGACAUAUAGCCAUGAAGUAUACUUUGACAGAGAUUUGGUGCUACAUAUCGAACAGAAACCCAACCGGGUCUUCAGCUGCUAUGUUUACCAGAUGGUCUGUGACCCUGGAGAAGAAGAUGACAUUGUCAACAGAAAUGAUUAAGACAGUGAGAUCAUCGUAACUUGAGACAUUUGGUGAAACACCCUAUCAGCUGUGUCCAGUCCUCCUUUUCAUCUGCAUGGAACAUGCUGCAGUAUUUUCCAGAACAGAUCUUGUGCUAGCCUCAAAGGAAUGGCUUAAACUCUUGCCACAUAAGGCAGUGAGGACUCUGUUUGUUGUAAAUGCUCUCUAGAAUGCUGCUCCAACCGGCCCAGCAUUUUAACUUCUAGAUGAGGUGCUAUUGUGAAUAGAAAACGCUAGGGAACAGAGCACAGUUAAAUCUAGGUGUCAAGGAGACAUCAUUGAUGCAGGGAUAAUUAACAUGAUUCUUAAAGACUACUAUAAUGUUUUAAUUGGCAAGGUAGGAGCGAGAAGCAGAAAUAAAAUAUUAAACAUAAAAGCCAGGUGUGGUAGCACACACCUAUAAUCCCAGCACAUGGCAUAUAGAGCAAAAAUCAGGAGUUCAAAGCCAGUACUGGCUAUAUAGCAAAUUCAAGUCCAGGUUGGUCUAAAUAGACCUGUUCUCAAAAAGACAACGAAAAGAUAAAUAAAUCCUAUAUACUCUAAA